AUGAUCUUAACCAGUCUAUUCUCCAAAGUCUGGGCAUGUUUAUCGGAAGGUGCUCUUGAAAGCACAAUUUUCACGUCGGCGAGGGCUUUUUUGUACUCCAAAAUUGCACUAAACGCCACUGCACGACGGUUGACUGGUUUUUUCUUAAAUGUCUCCAGGUUGGACAGGUCAUGCACAGAUGGGAGCAACAGCUCGGCAAUCAUAACGUACUCCUUGCCUCCGUCAAUGCGCUUGAACUUCCAGAGCACCACAGACUCGCUCGGUAUGUACUUGAUCGAGCCCUUGUUGUCGAACUCGCCGUCGGGCGGGAUGAAGGAAACCAUCUUGUCGGCUUCAAACUUGGACAACCGCACACAUUGGUGGAACUUCACGUCCUCCACUUCGAUCCCCUUGGAUCCGUUGGCAUUUCCCGAGCCGUUGGCCUCGCCGGUCUCGCCACGGAUAGAUGCAAGUCCCCCGUUCAAAAACCGAUCGUUCAGUCCCAAAACAAGCUCGGGCAUCCCCGAAAGAUACGACUUCAACUUGAUGGCUCCAUGGAUCUCGGAACUGAGCAUCUGGCCCUUGGCGUUGAUCAGCAUAUCAAUGCACUCGACAACGUCCAAAUACGCCUCGUUCUUCUUGUAG